AGUUUCCCAUCACCAAUUGUCCUUGGAAUUGGACAGAUGGCUGCCACCAUAAUGAUACUGUAUGUAUCCAAGCUAAAUAAAAUAAUUCAUUUCCCUGAUUUUGACAAGAAAAUUCCUGUAAAGCUGUUUCCUCUGCCUAUUCUCUACGUUGGAAACCAUAUAAGUGGACUAUCAAGCACAAGUAAAUUAAGCCUGCCGAUGUUCACCGUGCUCAGGAAAUUCACCAUUCCAUUGACUUUGCUCCUGGAAACCAUCGUACUUGGGAAGCAGUAUUCACUGAACAUCAUCGUCAGUGUCUUUGCCAUCAUUCUCGGGGCUUUCAUAGCAGCUGGGUCUGAUCUUGCUUUUAACUUGGAAGGCUACAUCUUUGUAUUCCUGAACGAUAUCUUCACGGCAGCAAAUGGAGUUUAUACCAAACAGAAAAUGGACCCAAAGGAGCUGGGGAAAUACGGCGUGCUUUUCUAUAACGCUUGCUUCAUGAUUGUCCCAACUUUUAUCAUCAGUGUCUCCACUGGGGACCUGCAGCAGGCUACUGAAUUCAACCAAUGGAAGAAUGUUCUAUUUAUCAUACAGUUUCUUCUUUCCUGUUUUUUGGGGUUCCUGCUGAUGUACUCCACGGUGCUGUGCAGCUACUACAACUCGGCCCUGACGACCGCGGUGGUGGGAGCCAUCAAGAAUGUAUCGAUCGCCUACAUUGGAAUGUUAGUUGGUGGAGACUACAUUUUCUCCAUGUUAAACUUUGUGGGGUUAAAUAUUUGCAUUGCAGGGGGCCUGAGAUACUCCUUUUUAACGCUGAGCAACCAGUUGAACCCUAAACAACCCGCGGACGCAGAAAACAUUCCUCUGGAUCUAAAGAGCUAAAAUCUGGGGCAGCAUUGCAGACUGACUUGAGACUGGGGGCAUAGGUUGGGAGCGCUUUUAUGGUAGGAAUGUGA